AUGUCCAUCACAAAACCAAAGACAACAAGGAAACCGAUUUUUUUCCCACUGAGCUUUUUUCUGUCCCCCGAAGGCCAGAUGGUGCUCUCCAGUCUCCCCCUUCAGAUGCUGCUGUACUUCAACGCCUUCUUCCUCCCCUUCUGGUGUCUGUCCGAGGCAAUUAUGCUGGAGCUAAAGUUUAGCUUGCUACCCCUUUACUACCAAUGCUUGCUGGUUGCUGCGUACCUGACAAUUGUCGGAGUGGAAGCCGCUCGUCUCUUCCUUGGAUACGUUGGGAAUUUGCAAGAAAAGGUUCCAAAGUUGGCUGGAUUCCUCCUCCUGUCCUUCAUCAUUGAGAUGCCCGUCUUGCUGUUCAUCUUGACGGACCAUCAGGUGAUCUGUAUGCCUCUGGAAAUGGCGGUGCAUGGUGUCCUCCUCUGCUUCCUCAUCUCGGAGAUCGUGGCCGCUUCCUUUGCCCUCAAAGACAUGGCCAAGCACCUGGCCAGGCAGUUCUACCUGGUGCAGUUUGAAGGGCGUCCGGGCAGGGGGGCCCCAGUGGUAUUCAUGCAGUUAAUAAAUGAGGUGCUGCACGAGCACAAGAAGGUCCUUGUCUACCUAGAGAACAUCCUCAUCUACACAGAGACCAUGGACGACCACGUACCACUGGUCCGCCAAGUACUGGAAAAACUUCUGGCAGUCAACCUAUACGUCAAGAUAAAGGCAUAUAUGGAAUUUCAGGUUGGAGUUGAUGGUCUUAUGGAUGCUAACGCUAUGAUUCUAUGA